AUGCUACUGGGAAACGUGGAGAGAGUGUGUCUCUUAUUGACAGCGAUCCACGUUUUGCUUGGCAAAGGUGUCGAUGCGGAGACAUUCACCCUUGGAUACAUCACCGGUUCGAAACGACGUCCAGGGGAUGGAGAAUACGAGCGUCCGGGUGUUCGGAUAUCCGGCGCCAUCACUCUCGCUGUCGAAGAGGUGAAUGCAGGAGAACUCGGCAGACAAGGUCAUAAGCUCGAUUUUUUGGUCGCCGAGACGUAUGGCGACGAGGAAACCAGCAUAUUGAUGACAGCUGAUCUCUGGAAAAAGAAUGUCAGUGCUUACAUCGGUCCACAAGAGACUUGCAUUCACGAAGGGAAAAUGGCUGCUGCAUUCAAUCUUCCAAUGAUAUCAUACUUCUGCACGCAUCACGAAACCUCUGAUAAAAAUAAAUUUCCAACUUUCGCCAGAACUCGACCACCCGAUACACAGAUAUCAAAAUCCGUUGUUUCCGUUUUAAAAGCUUUCAAUUGGACGAAGGUGACGUUUAUGUAUAUGAACUCGUCAUUGGUCGAUUUUAGUAAAAUGUCAACUAUCGGAACGACGAUCCUAUCGUCUCUGGAAAAUAAUGGAAUUACGGUCAAUUUUCUUCGUUGCUGGAACGAUCCUUAUUAUUUAAUGCAAAAUGUGAAGAAUCCGUUUGAUGAAAUUGUCAAAGAAACUUAUCGGGAGACUCGAAUUUACGUGAUUCUAGGAAAUCACGACGAGCACAUGGGUCUCCUGAUGGCACUCGACAAAAGGAAGCUCUUGGAAAAAGGAGAAUACUGGGUAGUUGGAAUUAACUUCGAUCAAUACGAUGAACAGAAGCCAGACAAAUAUCUUCGUGGAUUAUAUCAAGAUAGAAUAAAGGAUUAUUCCAUUCUUAAAGCUUAUCGCAAUUACUUCAGCAUCGUUGCAUCGGCGCCGAUUGACUUCGACAAUUUCACGAAACUAAUCAAUGAUUAUAGGCAGAAACCACCCUUCAACUUCACCAACCCAUUGUUAAUGUUAAGAGUUAAUGGACUAGUUCAGAUAGUGCCGGAGACGGCUUACCUUUAUGAUGCCGUACAUCUUUAUGAAAUGACACUAUUGAGAGCAUUAAAGGAAAAUCGUGACCCACGAAACGGAAGAGAAAUGGUAACUGCCCUACAUGGAGUUCAUUAUCGCAGUGCUAUGGGCUACAUGGUAUAUAUGGACGAGAAUGGAGAUGCCGAAGGUAAUUACACGUUGAUUGCUUUGGACAAUCAAACUAACAAAGGCUAUGGUCUUUAUCCUAUCGCAUAUUUCGUUGGUAAAGAAGAAGGAUCAAAUUUGCCUAAGCUUCGAUUAACACGAGAAAUAUCUUGGGUCGGUGAUGGCCCACCUAUCUCGGAACCGUAUUGCGGAUAUCAUGGCGAAAAAUGCAAAUCUUACACGAUCGAGAUAAUCGGUGGUAUAGCAGGUGGCUUACUAUUAAUCAUCAUCGUAGUACUAUUAGUUCCAUAUAGAAAUUGGAAAUACGAACAAGAGUUGGACUCGUUGCUUUGGAAGGUAAACUACAAGGAUAUUCAGAUCAAAGAGGCAAAGGAUGAAAAUGGAGCAUCCAACGAGAUCUCAGUCAAAUGCAAUUCUAAGACGUCGACGACGCAACCGAUAGUGAGAACGAGUCAAGUAUCUUUAAGCUCGAAUCCUGACGCUGAUUUUCGCUAUUCCAUGAUUUAUACACAAAUCGGUGUUUACAAAGGAAGAAUUUUUGCCAUUAAAAAAAUAAGAAAGAAAUCGAUCGAGAUUACACGAGAGAUGAAGAAGGAAUUGAAAAUAAUGCGAGAUUUGAGACACGAUAAUUUAAAUGCCUUUAUCGGUGCUUGCACCGAUCCUCCAAAUAUAUGUAUCGUCGUUGACUAUUGUGCACGUGGCAGCUUGAAGGAUAUUUUAGAAAACGAGGAUAUAAAGCUUGAUAACAUGUUCAUGGCGUCGCUGGUCGGUGACAUUAUAAGGGGUAUGAUUUAUCUUCAUGAGUCUGUCAUAAAAUAUCACGGAUCGCUCAGCACGUCAAACUGCCUCGUGGAUUCUCGUUGGGUCGUAAAGCUGUCGGAUUUUGGGCUUCGCGAAUUUAAACGAGACGCCGAAUGUGAGCCAAGUGACGUUAUGAAAAAAUAUCACGGAUUGUUAUAUCGAGCACCAGAAUUAUUACGUUCGACUGGUCUCGAUGAACCAUCAGCGAGAGAUUUUCAAAGAGGAGACGUAUAUUCCUUUGCUAUAGUUCUUUACGAGCUUCAAGGUCGCCACGGUCCUUUCGGUAUAACUCAAUCAUCUGCUCCUGAAAUUUUGAAGAAAAUAAUAACGAGAGAUACAACAAAUCCUCCAUACAGACCACCGUUGGAACAGCUAGAGAACACUUUUGAUUUUGUACGUGACUGUUUGUUGGAAUGCUGGGCUGAAGAUCCAGAAAAUCGACCGGAUUUUAAGAUAAUAAGGAACAAAUUAAGACCUUUACGAAAGGGCAUGAAACCAAAUAUAUUUGACAACAUGAUGGCAAUGAUGGAAAAAUAUGCAAAUAAUCUCGAAGCUCUCGUGGACGAACGAACUGAUCAAUUGACAGAAGAAAAAAAGAAAACAGAUGCAUUGUUGUACGAGAUGCUUCCAAGAUACGUGGCCGAACAAUUAAAACGUGGAAACAAAGUGGAAGCUGAGAGUUUCGAUUGUGUCACGAUCUACUUCAGUGAUAUCGUUGGAUUUACUUCUAUGUCAGCCGAAAGUACACCCUUACAGGUGGUGGACUUUUUAAACGACCUAUAUACGUGUUUUGAUUCAACGAUAGAAAAUUACGACGUCUACAAAGUCGAAACUAUCGGCGAUGCUUACAUGGUUGUAAGUGGAUUGCCGAUAAGAAACGGCAUUCAACAUUCUGCAGAAAUCGCCAGUAUGUCUUUGUGUCUCUUAGAUGCUAUCAAACAAUUCACGAUACGUCAUAGACCUUUGGAUAAAUUGCAACUUCGAAUAGGAAUUCACUCGGGUCCUGUUUGUGCUGGAGUCGUUGGUUUAAAAAUGCCACGAUAUUGUCUUUUUGGUGACACUGUAAACACAGCCAGUCGUAUGGAAUCAACGGGAUCACCUCUAAAAAUCCAUUGUAGUAGCGAGACGAAAAAGUUGUUGGACGAGCUAGGUGGAUUUAGUCUAAUUGAACGCGGUGUAGUUUCCAUGAAAGGUAAAGGUGAUCGAUUGACCUACUGGCUGAUAGGUGAGGAUCCAGUGUCUCGAGAAGAACGUAGGAAAGAAAGAACGAAUCGUAGAAAUGCAAUGAAUGGUAAACGUACGAAUACAAUCGAUCCACUUGUACCACGAAGUUCAUUAAAAAACAAAUCUCUCGUGAGAUCUACAUUCAUGAGAUGUUCAAGCGAGUCACCGAAACGUUUACGUUUCGCUAGCUCCGAUCAGCUGGAUCAAAAAUGUACCAGAACGAGCAACCAGUUGGAAUCGAUCGUCGACAGUAGUCCUUGCAAACCAAAAUCAUCAUCUUCGUCUUUAAUGAAGGCCGCUUGUAUAGAAAAUUGGAGAUCGAGUAGCAAUUCUUGUCCAUGUGUAGAGAAACUUUGUGAAAGUCAAUCGGAUCUUUUGCAACAUCCACUUGAUCCAAGUAAAAAGAAACUAAACGAUCUUCAACUAGAUAACAGUCUCCUUUUCGACAAUGAUUCCUAUCUGUUAAGAGCUGGCAUGAAAAAUCUUCGAUUUGGUACACCAGCGAUACUUCAAGUUACUUGUAGAUCUGCACCUAGCAGUCCUAGACAUAGUUCUAUUAUCUUGAACGCACAAAAAAGAGCGACUCAAUCGACUGAAGAGAUCGAUGGAUGGGAUGUGAAUGCUCCAUUAAUUUGUCACGCUGGUAAUAGGAUCGAUUGAACAUUUUUUUCUUUUUUCUUUUCUUUUUCUUUUUUUUUUCGAGUUUUAGAUUUUUAUUUACUGUGACAUUUUUUUAUACGUAAUUUGAAGUUCCGACUUUAUAAGAUAUAGAAACGAAAGAUGAAUGAUUUCUGUGACAGCUGAAAUCAUUUAACUAGUUUCAUUUAUUUCUCAUACAGUAAAUGUCGCUUUGAAAUUUUUUUUAAAGGAACUAGGGAAAUUUGAAAUUUAAAAAGUUAACUCGCGUUUGAUUGUUCAUAACAAA